AUGGCUGACGAGUACGGCCGCAGCGGCUACGGCAGGUCCGGUGCCGGCGACGACUACGACAACAAGACCAGCAACGAGGGCUACAACCGCCGCGAAGGUGGCUACAACAAGUCCGGCGCCGACGACUACGAGCACGAGCGCAGCAGCGGCCGCGGCGGCUACAACAAGUCCACCGGCGACGACGAGUACAGCGGCGCCGGGUACAAGAAGUCCGGAGGCGACGACUACGACACCGGUUACAACAAGCAGUCGAGCAACGAGGACUACGGCCGCAACAAGCCCGGCAGUGACGACUACGACCGCAGCGCCGGCGGGUACAAGAAGUCCGGCGGAGACGACGACGAGUACAGCGGUGGCGGGUACAAGAAGUCGGGUGGCGACGACGAGUACAGCGGUGGCGGGUACAAGAAGUCGGGUGCCGACGACGAGUACAGCGGCGGCGGGUACAAGAAGUCCGGCGGCGACGACACGGAGCACGGGUCGUCCAGGGACGAGACCGAGAAGUACAGGAAGGAGGAGAAGGAGCACAAGCACAAGGAGCACCUCGGCGAGAUAGGCACCCUCGCCUCCGGCGCCUUCGCCAUGUACGAGAAGCACCAGGUGAAGAAGGACCCGGAGAACGCGCACCGUCACAAGAUCGAGGAGGAGGUGGCCGCGGUGGCGGCUGUGGGCAGCGGCGGGUACGCGUUCCACGAGCACCACGAGAAGAAGGAGUACAAGGAGUCGGCGGAGGACGGCGAGGACGAGGAAUCCGGCCGCGGCGAGGGGAAGAAGAAGCACCACUUCUUCGGCUAA